AUGGCCGACGCCCGGCCCGUCGUCGAGGACCAUCCGCUGCUGCCGCGGGCCGAGGAGUACAAGAAGGACGGCCUGUUGAAGCCGCGCGUCAACGCGGGCUUCCUGCUGCGCGUCGUCGUCUUCCCGGCCCUCGGCGGUUUACUGUACGGCUUCGACAUUGGGGCGACGUCCUACUGCGUGUCGGAGCUCGAGCGCAGCAGCGGCGGCGUGAGCUGGGGCCGCGCCGUCGGCCGGUCCGCGCUGCUGCGCGGCCUCGUCGCGUCGGCGAGCGUCCUGGGAGCGUUCUGCGCGUCGUUCCUCGUCUUCGCGAUGGCGGAGCGCAUCGGGCGGCGCGGCGAGAUGGUCCGCGGCGCGGCCUGCUUCGGCGUGGGCACGGUCUUCACGUUUCUGAGCGCGGAGCUCGACGACGCGCGCGCGGGCAUCACCUGCUUCUUGCUGGGGCGGGCGAUCUACGGGUGCGGCUGCGCUUUAGCAACGCACGCGGCGCCGGCGUACAUCGCGGAGAUGGCGCCCGCGUGCUACCGCGGCGCCUGCGUGUCGAGCAAGGAGGCUUUGAUCGUCGUCGGCAUGCUCUUCGGGUACGCCGCGGGCUACGCGACGCGGGACCGGCCCCUGGGCUGGCGCGAGGCCUACGCCGUCGCGUUGCCCAUUUCUUGCGUCUACCUCGCGGGCGUCUUGGGGCUCCCGCGGUCCGGCCGCUGGCUCGCGCUCCGGGGCAAACGCAAAGAGGCCGCGCGGGCCUACGGGCUGCUCUACGAGCGGCGCGAGGACGCGGGCCGCGUCCUCGGCGACAUUUUGGCGGACAUCGCCGCCGAGGGCCGCGGCGACGACGGCCGAUCCGGCGCCCGAGGCGACGAGCCGGGGGCGCCGGACCUGUCGCUGACGGAGGCGUACCGGCGGUCGCCGGCGACGGCGAACGCGCUCCGGGCGGCGCUCGGCGUCGUGCUGCUGCAGCAGGUCACGGGGCAGCCGUCCGUGCUCUACUACUCGUCGACGAUCAUGGAGGCCGCGGGCGCGCAGGCCUGGGCGCCCCUCGCCGUCGCCUUCGUCAAGCUCGUCGCGACGGUCUACUCCUGCGCGACCGUCGAGAGGCACGGCCGGCGGAAGCUGCUCGGCGUGGGCAUCUCCGUGAUGACGACGUCGCUGGUGGUGUUGUCGCUGGCGUUCGCGCUCUCGUCCACGACGUCGAGCGCCAGCCUCGUGGCCAUGUUCGGCUUCGUCUCCGGGUACCAGAUCGGCUUCGGCCCCAUCGCGUGGCUGCUCCUGAGCGAGCUCUUCGGGAACACGAUCCGGGGCAAGGCGUUGGCGUUCGGCGUCCAGCUCAACUUCGGCGCGAAUCUCGCGGUGUCGCUCGCGUUCCCCUCGCUGCUGUCGGCGUGCGGGGGCACGGCGACCUUCGUCAUCUUCGCGCUGCUGAGCGCCUACGCGGCCUACUUCGUGCGCACCUACGUGCCGGAGACGCGGGGCCUGACGCUCGAGCAGAUCCAGAAGCUUUUGGAGUCGUCGAGCCUCGUCUGGGGGGACGACAUGGAGUCGCCGCUCGACAUCGACGAGAUCGACCGGCUCCACGAGAGCGGCCUCUUCGACCCGCCCAUCGCCGAGGCGUCCGUCGUCGCGCGGCCGACCGCGCGCGGCGACGCCGCCGCGCGGGACCGGGAGGUCUUCGGCGACGGCCUCAUGACGGAGACGGCCAUCGCCGAGGACGUCGACGAGAACGGCGGGCCCGCGCUCCUCCGGCGCCACGCGUAA